CAUUACUCCCCCUUGUUCUUUUGAUUUCGAAGACAAAAAGAAAUCUCACAGUCAAAAUGGCAGAAGAGGCAUCCGAAACAACCCCUCUCCUUGCUGGAUCAAUCGAUGUCGAACAGGCGCACCAUCAGCAUGCGGUGGCAGCGGGAGACGACAACAACAUCACUCCUGUUGAUCAACACUACUCACAGUCUCGCAACCGCUUCCUAAUUCUCACAUGGCUCUCCGUGUUUCUCGCAAUUAUCGUGCUCAUAUUCGGCCUCGUGGUCAUGGCCCUAUGUCGUAACUUCUCUCCACCAGAUUGGUAUAUGGAUUGGGAGGUUCUCGGCCUCGGAGGAUCCUUGACUGGGAUUUGCGUGCUCGUUGCAUUCAUUGGCUUUCUCAAUCUGGUCCGGCUCUACAAGAGCAACCGACCGAUCUGGCUAUGGUUCAAUUUCAUCUGUGACUUCUUUUUCAUCAUCUUCUCGAUUACAUUCUCACUAUUAAGUUUUGAAUACAUUGUCAAACCGUGGGAUGAUUGCAAGUAUGGUUCGCAUUAUCCGCAUUAUCCGAACGACGGUGAUAUAGCCUCAUGCCAGUUGUUUUCGAGAAAUAUCCACAUUUUGGUGGGGUUUUGGGCGAGUUUUUCUCUCGUGCUUGGACUCGUCAUCCUGGUACUGUUUCUACUACGCUGGAUACUCGCGUAUAACAUUUGGUCAUGGGAUUGGAUUCGAUAUAGUAAUUGGAGAUGGAGUAUACCCACGGGAGUGAUUACAGUAGAAUUCUCGAUCAAGUUCCUCAGACAAGAGGAGAGAGGGACUAGGGAACAGAUGGAGCAGUAAGUCGCUUUCUGGAUUUCCAAGUCGAUGGCAAUGUCGAUUUAGUUAAGAGCUGGCAAAAGCAUUCGUCGCUAUGUACAUAAAAUAUCUAUAGUAAUAAUUAC